UGCACAGAAUGUAGGAGCCAGCACUUCGGGCUUUAUUCACUAGGACAGGUGUAUGCGGUAAUUGUAUCAGCACUGCUAUCACAAGUAGAGGACCCGCUAAGAACUGCAUGCCUGAUCUGAAUGAACGCGGCCCUGACUAUCUGCACGCCAGACUCAAGUGUGAACGGGUAGCCAGUUUGAUGCUUUCGCCAUGUCGAACCCGGGAUCCAAAAGAUUGGCAAAGGAGCUUGUGGAGCUGCAACGCAACGGGCCUCCCGCGGGCACCACGCUCAUAUCAGCCGAUAAUCUAGAGGAAUGGCUGUUCGAGCUGAGCGUGCUCGGUCGGUCCGUAUUUGAAAACGAGAAGUUUCGACUGCGCUUCAGAUUCUCAAACCGGUAUCCGUGGGAAGCCCCCGAGGUCGUCUUUGUGACCAAUGACACCCUCAAGGCUCCAGAGCAUCCACAUGUUUACAGCAACGGGCACAUCUGCGCCAGUAUCCUUGCGAACGACUGGUCGCCUGUGCUGAGUGUCUCAUCCGUUCUCUUGACGCUUCAAAGCAUGCUGGCAUCGUGUAAGAGAAAGGAGCGACCGCCGGACAACGAGAAAUAUACCAAGCACAGCCCGAUCUCACCAAAGGACACGCGCUGGGUCUUCCAUGACGAUACAGUGUAAACUCUCUACACCUCAUGACAGACGCCUGUAGUAACCCGCAACAAGGUGCAUUCCCACAUGCUGCAUCAACGGUCCUGAUGCAAAUGAACAUUGGGGUUCGAUGAGACCACCACGACGAGGCUGCUGUCGCUCAUUAGCUCCGGAACGCUCCUGCGCAAUUUCCCGCCCGAGUUUGGCGAGGGUCGCCCUCCAAUGUGCUGGCUGCUCUUGGCAUGUCCUGGUCUCGCAAGUGCUAUCAAGUCGAGCUUGACCGACGCUGUCAAGUGAAAAGACUGCAACAUGAGCAUGUUCCAACUCGCAUCUGAACGAGGAAUCAUGAUGCGAUGCAAUCGGCUGAAUCUCCGCAGAUAUCAAUUCCUUCCUGUGACACCCUGUAUUCCUACAUAUUAGUUGGCUAAACAGUUAAAAAUGGGAUGCUGACAAUUCACG